GAGGGCUUUCGAGUACUAGAAUCUCUCAUAAACGCAAAGUUGCAGUAUAACUUGCGCCGGACAUCGUUUGUCAAUAGCCGCACUACCCAUCGCCUACCUGACUCGUUCAUACACGCUACUACCAUCAUGGUGCACAACGUGAGGACAAACGAAGAGUUCAAGGAGGCCCUUGAGAAGUAUGACAUUGUCGUCGUCGACUUCUUCGCCACAUGGUGUGAGCCAUGCAAAGUCAUUGCUCCCGUCUAUGCACACUGCCACGAGUUGGACAAGUUUAAGGAUUUUCGGUUCCUCAAGAUCAAUGUGGAUGAACUGCCUGACCUGUGCGAGGAGUUGAAAGUGUCCUCCAUGCCGACAUUUCAGCUGUACAAGAAGGGCGAGAAGAUUGGUGAACUGCAUGGUGCUGACCGUGAAGGUCUGAUUAAGCUACUAGAGAAAGGCCUGGAAUAG